UCCGUUUCCGAACGAAGCUUGAAGCUUGCUGCAACCAUAGACAAGCUAAACUUUACUUUUUAUUAUUGUCAACAUGUCGGACAAUGAAGACUUGUUAGGCGAUGAUUUAGGAGACCAGAGUCUCGCGGACUACAACCUUGGUAAUGAGGAGGAGGAGCAGCUCUUGGCUGAUGAUUAUGAGAAUGCUGCGCCUCAAAAUGUUCCAACAUCGAUUGGGUCCGGGUACCGAGAACCUUUGGACAUGGUGCCUACGGAAUACCCCUCUCAUGUUAUCGAAUACAAUAAUCAGCCACCGAUGCAAUACCAAGCAAUGGCAGACACAGAAUGUGUGGUUCCCAACAUAACGGUGGAAGUACCGGUGGCACCGAUACAGGAACUGCCGACGUACGCACCGUAUGAACCACCUGCUUAUGAGGAGCAUGCCGUUCCACCGGCUAUUCCAGCGUCCCCAAUAGAGUCACCACAGAUUGUACCAACUGAUAUGAAUGCUCAAAUACAAAAUGGUGAUUUGGUGGGUAACCGCUCGCGCUUCGUGUCGGAGCGGCCGCCCGGCGCCCAGCGCCUGCCGCAGGUGCGGGACAUUCCCGAUAGCUUAGAUAAAGUGGUAAUUCCUCGUGGUGGGUUCAGUCGCGGACGCAGCACGUGGCGCAACCCACAGUUUGCGCCGCGGUACUCACAUCCCUACAGAAGGAAUAAUAUGCAUCGGGGGAACUUCAACCAGCGAGCGUCAUUCCCACCCCCUCAGCUUCGCCCCAGUCCCCCACAAAACAGACCAGAAAUUCGCCCCGAAAUGCGCCCGGAAAUACACCCCGAAAUCCGGCCCGACAUGCGACCGGAUAUCCGCCCCGAAAUGCGUCUCGAAGCCCCCAACCUUCCCCCACAAAUGGGCCCUGAAAUAUCCCCCGAAAGGCCUAUUCUGCCCCAAGACAUACCCAUGUUCCGUCCCCCACUAGAGCGUCCGCAAUUCAUGCCGCGCUUCCAAUACCGGCCUCCGAUGGACGAGCGUCCCCAGUUCGGGCCUAUGAGGCCUAAUUUCGAGCCUAGGCCUUUCUUUAGGCCUAGUUUCCCCCCUCGGCAGUUUGGGCCGCCUAUGAGAGAGAUAGUGCCGAAUGCUAGCCAUAUGCCUCAAGUGACGAUACGUCAGGCGUUGCCAUUGCCGGAUAAGAAAGAAGUCAGGGAACCGGAAGUCCGGAUGUUGCCAGUUCCAUUGCCGGCUAACUUGCCGCCCGGUGGUUUAGCCGGAAAGAAAGUGCUCAUCAAUCCACAUUUCAAAGGAAACUUCCAGCCGCCUGUUGAAGGGUUGCCAGUCUACAUUCCGACGCGAAUACAAAAGUCGCCGCCCCUCAGUCCUACGAUUGAGAGCAAAUUCGGUCCAGUGAAAGACAUAGAUGAUGCAGCAGAGAGGUUCAUAGCAGAACAAAGAAACGCACUCGCUCGAGCUGCCGGCAGGAAGUACAAUAGGAGGUCACCACAGAGAUACAUAGAGAACACUACGAUAGAGAUUGAGAAUGACUUAGCCCACAGUCAGCACAGGAGAAGCAAUGAUGAUGAUGACUUACUGCGGAGACAGGAGGAGUUCAUCAAUGCUAACAGGGCUGGUUUGAGAAGAAGGAUGCGCUCGGCGUCCCCCGCGCGGCGCUCUGUGUCCCCGCGGCGCGCGGUGUCCCCGCGCCGCUCGCCCGCGCGCCGCGCCCGCCCCGCGCCCGACGCGCCGCGGCACAAUGAUGAGGACAGUGAGUACAAGCGUCGCCUACGUGAACAGGAAAGUCUACGCGAGCGAGUACUGAGAGCUAAGGAAGUACGACGCAGGAAGAAUGCCGUCGCCAUGCAUAAAAUGAUGCAGGACAAGGAACGCGAAACCCACGAAAAGGAAAAAGAUAAAGAUAAAGUAACCCAGCCCCAACCAGAGCCUCCAAUCCAAGUAGCAGUUCCAGAUCAACUGGUCACAGCUCCCGCAGAAAUACAGCACAACAAACCAGACACAACCCGCACUUCUCCAGACAAGAAGGUGGAGAAGACUGGGAAAGUGGAGAAGGUCGAGAAAGUGGAGAAGGUCAGGGAAAGGUCGCCGGUUAAAGAGGAUAGUGUUGAAGUCAAUUCUACUUGUGAAAACCUAACCCCACCCCACAAGACGACACAAAAGCGUGAGUCAGUGGACAGACUGACGCCCCCCCUGCCGGACAGACGGACGGACAGCGACGACGACCUCGACCUCAUCCUCGGCGACAUCGACGGCAUACUGUCCGACGAUGAUGAUAGCGGACGAUUCAAGGACAAGACUAAGAAACCGGACCCGCCAAAGUCUAAGCCUCAAGUGGACUUACGCUCCAAGCUUCCCCCCAAGUCUUCCAGCGAACACAAGAAACAACAGCGACAGAAGAUCGUCUUCACUGACGAUAAUAAAGAGGAGACCAAGACUAAGAAAAAAGAAAGGUCUCCAUCGCGUCGAGCAGUAGUAACGAGUUCGACUGUCACAGAAGACUCUACUACGCCUAGCGAAGCUAAAAAGCCAAAGGUAAAAGCAAAGCUGGACGCAGCUGCAAAAUCCAGGCAAAGGAUAACGUAUGAGAAAGCGCAAGCAGAAAAAGAAAAAGAGGACGACAAAAAAUCAUCAUUCUCAAACCGCAGAGUUAUUCUCCAAAGAAAAUCAGGAGCUACCAAAGAUAAGUCCGUCUUCUCCAGAAUUGAGGUCAAAAGUGACCCUUCGAAGCCCAACCCUGGCAUUUUCAGCCGGGCUGUCAGAACCGCUAUCGGUACAGAAAGUACCCGAAUAGUUAUAAAAAAAGAGGAACCACAAGUACAGUUUGAAAGUGAUUCAGAAAUUGAUGAGGAAUCGUUGUUAGAAGACACGGGGAAUAUUGCUACGGUGUCCAACUUGCCACAUGGAAUGACUGACACGAGGUUGAAGACGUUGGCCGGGAAUGAAAUACAGAAUUUAGUAUUGGAUAAAGAAGAACGAUCGGCGAAGAUAACUUUCAAAACUACAGUAGCUGCUGAAAACUUCAAAAAGAAAUUUAAUAACAAGAUGGUCGCCGCCAGCCGAUUGUCCGUCACGUUGCGCUGAACACGAAAUGAUGAAACUUUUUUAUCAUUAAUCACGUAGAAAUACGUCCUAUGUUCGCUAUGUUAAAUGUAGUGGAUGUUAACAAUACUUUGUAUGAAAAUGUAAACAUAGACACAUGUUUUAGACUCUGAUAGAAUAUGUCAAAGUUGUGUCAAAAUUGCUUACAGAUAUGUAAAAUUACAGAGUGUACAAUAUUAUUGAUGUUUUUGUAAUUAAGCCAUGUUUAAGUUAAAACUAGACAGUUAUGUCCUUACUUGGUUAUCUGUACGUUAUUUCUAUAGAUUUAGAAUCCUACUACCACUUGAUAGAUUGGCAAUGUGUUACGGAUAUAACUAUAUGUGGCAUGAGUACUAAACACGGAUAUUCUAGAGGCGCUGUAUGUAUCAAACGCAAUUGUCAACAAGAAAAUCGCGACAUUUUGAACAAUAUCGUUAAUGUUCUGUAAUCAAAACCAAGAAACACCACAAAUACACAGAUUUUGAAGUUGAGGAAAGCAGCACAUAUUUACUCACAUGAAAAUGUCACUAAACUUUGGCUUCACUAAAACAAGGCGAUUGCCAGUCUACCUACUAUUCUGUAUAUAUGGUUAUUUCUUAAUAUAUUUGAACGCUUAUGUCACGAAAUAGAAGGUAACAAAAUUGGGUUAUAGAAAUCUAAAAUUAAUGUUUACAGAUUGUACAUUUUUAGCAUUUAGUGCUAACGUUUUAUGUAGAAAUACUAAUUAUAAAUAAACAUUGUUCCCUUAUUUAAAAUAGAACUCACAAUAUUUCAUAGUUCACUGCCAAUACCGGUCAUUGACCUGUCUUACGACUAUUUCCAAUAUCAUAUAUAUUCGUUAAUUUGCUUACUAGACAUAGGAAUUUGACAUUACUUAUAUGGGACAUAUGUAAAUUCUAUCCGUAGUAAGCAAUUCAUAAAUAAAUAAAUAAAUUAAAUAUUAAUAUUUUUUUUUCUUUUUGUGGUAAAUAUGGGUUUUAUUGUAGUAUUAUUUUUAGGUAUUUACUGUCUGUAUAACUAGAAGGUUAAAUUAACUAUUCAUCACGCAACAUGUUUCCAAAACUGUAUAUUCUUACCAAGGCGUUUUGGGUUGCCCGGGUAACUUAGUUGAGGAGGUCAGAUAGGCAGUCGCUAAAUGUAAAAAGAAUGACAAUGAAAGAAUACAAGGUGACAAUUUGAAAAAAACAAUUCAGGUAAAGCAAUAUUAUAUUUUUAGGUUUAUUGCUCAAGUCUUUUAAACAGAUCGUAUACCUUUGAUUAACACUAAUAUAAGAGUUUGGAAGUGUUUCAAAGUAAUAAGAGAUUCUGCUAAUAGUAAUAUAGGUUAUACAUCAGUACAUCAGAAUCACAAGGCUUCCUUUUAUCAAUAAAGUAUUCGAAUAUACCAAGUCUAUAAAAUGCUAUAUGAUGAAUAUUCGUUUUCAGAUAUAUUACUGCCAUAUUAUAAUGUUAUCUCAAAUUAUCACCCUGUAUUGUUUAACUGUGAAUUACAAUAUUAAAGAUUGAAAUUUGACAUAAUUUAUAUGAAGCCAAUCCGCAGUAAGCUGUUAUAUUAUAACUGUAACAAACAAAAAUUAAUAUGUAUAUUUAGUUUCUAAUUUUGUGUGUGUUUGACCAAUAGUUAAUUCGUUGUAAUCAGUCAACCAUGUUUGUAAAAUUAUUGGAUUGAUAAAAAAUAACAUCCUACUACUAUCCAUUUGAGAACCACUCUUUUGCGAAGUCGGUUAAAACGAUAUGCCAAAUAGUCCUGCAUGCAUUGUUAUUUAAAACAUUACAUUUUAUUUGUAUGUUUAUCAGGCAAAAACAUAAUUGAUUAGUAUAAUACUGAAUUGUGCAAGAUUUACGACUGUUUCCAAUUGUUAUCGUAUAAGGAACCUUUCUGUUACAAGCAAUUUAUAUUCAUUCAUGCGUAUAUAUGACUUCAUAUCAACAUAAUGUUAUUUUUUUAAACUUGUAUAAAUAAAUAACGAGUACCUAAUUUAUAAUUUCUGUCACAAUAGUUAUCCAAUGUCACUCAGAAAUUUGCUAUGUAUUGAGCAACUUUUAUAUAAUAUCGUAGUAAAAUUAUAAUAUCAUACACAUAACAAAAAAUACAUUAUAAAGUAACCCUAAAAAAACUGGUUUGUAGCACAUAUGACUCAUGGAACAAGGAAAUUAUUAACUGUAUUCAAACACAAAGUACUAAAAUGCAAUAAUGUAAGCACUAUAUAUAACUUUAUGAACCUACUUACUCGCGAAGUUAAAUUGUAUUGUCGAAUACAAACUUAUGUUUUCUGUGUAAAGGACGCCAUUUUAUUGAAUAUUAAAAUUAUAGCAGCUUAUACUUGGCAUUUUUUGUAAGUAUUUCAUGAUUAUGUUAUCAAAAGGUUUCAUCGACUUUUUAAUUAUUACUGAAAUGUAUGAUUGUCACAAACCAUUUGUGUGAGUUAGAAUUGCUACUAUACACAGUUUGUAUUAUUUAACCAACAUAUUAUAACUAAUUGCAGUUUUUCUAACACCAGUGUGACACUCUGUUUUAAAAACUAAAACAAUUGUAAUAAAUAUUGUUGUUUAUUCACAGUGUAACUAAGAAUUACACAUACACAUGUAUUGUAUGGAUAAUUUUUACCUGUAUUUUAAAUCCAUACACCAUUAGGACAAAAUUAAAUAAGUUCCCAGUUAACAAUAUAUUAAAAUAUUUCAUUUAUAAACGCUUUUAAUAAUGAGACUCCUGUUUACUACUUACAAAUUAGGUUAUGCGUUAGGCACUGUCAUUGUCAUAAAUAGACAUCGGAUUAUAUGCAUCUGCAUCUUCACGUUAUGCAAAUGCAUAAAAUAAAUUUUUAUUUGAAUAUUUAGAUUUUUUAUAAAUCGUCCAUAUUUCAAGGGUGCAAAUGAGUCACGCCUGUUUAGUUUUGAUACAGAGAUACUAGGCGUGUAUCUCACAAGAUCUCUCGGCCAAUGCGCUAAUUGAAAAUUGUGUGUGUUUGAACAGAAAAUAAUUUCUGUGGACUACAGAAAAAAUAUUUUUUAAACUGACACGAAGGUCUUAUCUGCCAGUUUUAUUCAAAUUGAAAAAAAAAAACGAUAUAAAAUAAUAGAUAUGUUUGAAUAGCAUGCCUGCAUAUUUUACCACAUUUAGUGCAUAUUUUGGCAUUAUGACAGUGCAUAUACUCCGAUGUCUACUCAUAAAUUACACAUUUUAACAUUUGUCUUGUGUGUAAGAGUUUGACUCAUAUGUAGGUCUAAAAUAUUGACGUUUUAAUCAAAAUAAAGACGAAUUAUAAUGUUGCGGUAACUUAGUACCAUAGAAAAAGUAAUAUGCCGUUAUAGGUGCUUUUAAUAUUUUUCUUAUAUCUUUGCAUUUUAUAUUUCGGUACUCAAAACGUGUUAUUUUAGUACUAAAAAUUAAGGAAAAUUAUUCCUAUCAAAGCCAUAAAAAAUACAUUUAUCAAUUAUUUUCUUUAGGCUCUCUUCAAACUUAAAAAUAAAUACUGAGAAGUUUGCUGUAUUUUGAUGUUCUUCGAUAAAAAAUGUUGUUCUCUUGUCUUUUAUAAAAUAUAACUUAAGUUUGUCUUUUUAGUGUUUAGACGUGACGAAGUAUAUUGUUAGAUGUAGAGCUAAUAUUGCUUUCGUCGAGGCCGCCUCGUACUGAGUGAUUUUAAAACUUAAGUACAUGAUUCAUAAUAGGAAUGGAAUAUUAAAAUAUACUCGAGAUUAUUUAAACUAUUGUUUAUGUUAAACAGUAUUUUUUAAACAGAUUAUUAAGAACUGGUUCAGUUUUUGGUAUUUUAAAAGUAUGGCCUCGAUUCUUUCACUCAUUUCGAGGCGACCUCGUCGAAAGCAAAUUUUCGCAUUGCAACCCAUUGUUACUAUAAUUAUAAUGCAAAUAAAACUAUGCUAGACGUGGAAAAUUUGUUUAUUUUUUUGUACAAAAUCCAGUUUCUAAAUAAUGUGAUAGCGUUUUUUUAUAUACUACACAAAUCGGAUCUCAGGAAAUAAAUAUUGAACGUAAAUAGAUAAAAGUGUUUAAUUUCUCUUAUUAUAAGUGUUACCCUGUACGUUUGUACAAAUUAGAUUUAAGAUUAUUUAUCGACUUCUUGUAAUUUAUUGUUUUUUGUUGUAAAUAGUACCAGUAUAGUAUUUUGCAAUUUUAAUUAAAAUUGUAAACAAUCAGUAUAGUUCACUUGCCAAAAAUAUUCGAAAAAGUAUAUGCACUGUGCGCUUGUUGUAAAUAAAUUCUAGACAAAAUAUUAUAUUCGAACUUUUAUCAUCAUUUGACGAGUGAACGAAUUGUUAUCUUGUUAUUUUUUUUGUUUUGUGCUGCGGCUAUCACAAUGCUUUAAAACAAUUCUUACGAACAUGUUUUGAGCGCCAUAAGACUGAUUUUUUUAUAAUAAAUGACGUAAUUUUAUCAA